AAACCGCGGCGCUGGAGUCAACUGUUCCUCGCAGUGUGCCGUAGUGACGUUACACCCAAACAAGAAACAGUUUGCUGGUAAUUACUGCCGGAUGGUUCAAACUAAGUGGAUUUUCUCUUCAUAGCUAACUUUUAUCGUAAUGUCUCAGGAUCCCUGGUUACAAAAUUAUGAUGCCACUUGUCGCUUGGCACAGGAAAUAGCAGAAAAUAUUCAUGAACGGAACAGGCAGCAGAGAACAGGGGGCAACCCUGCAAAGAUCAACAUGACACUAAGGGCAUCACUGCAGAAGCUCAAACAGAGUAUUGCCCAGCUUAAAGAUGGUUUGUUGCGAGCGUCAUCAACUCGGCGCAUAAUGCAGUCAGAAGCUGAUAGGAGGCAGAACCUUAUCGAUGACCUGCUAACCAGAGAGAAGCAGCUCAAUUCUACCUUCAAGGGAGACAUCACAGAGCCUGAACCUUCCAGGUCGACGUUGAUGGCUGAAGGGGCAGGGGCAAGUCGAGGUGUUGCAGCCAACCCCUGGCUGAUCAACGAAACAGAGGAGACCAGAGGGCUGACUUUUGAAGAGAUCAAACAGCAGCAACAACAAAUCAUUGAAGCCCAGGAUUCUGGCUUGGAUGCACUUGCAGCUGUCAUCAGCCGACAGAAGAUAAUGGGCCAGGAGAUUGGCAAUGAGCUGGAUGAACAGAAUGAAAUCAUCGACGACCUUUCACAUCUUGUUGACAAGACAGAUGACAGGAUUCGUAAUGAGACACGAAGGGUGAAGCUGGUGGAGACAAAGUCAGCCUCCUGUGGGAUGCUGGUGGUGAUCGUACUGCUUCUUAUAGCCAUCGUAGUGAUCGCUGUGUGGCCUGUGUAGCGGAGGAGGACAGCAGUGAUCAUGGACCUGUGCUGAACGACUACGAACGUGACUAUUUGGUGCAGUUUAAAACCUUUGCAUCCACGGUGCACACAUGUACAGACUCUCAGUUAAACACUGUCUCUCAUCAGAUUUUAUUUUCUUAUUCUUUCUGUUCACAUUGAGACACAAAGGUCACUGAUGACUGCCCAACCAAGGCAAUAUGAAAUAAAGACUGAAGUCCUUUAGCAGUACAGUUUUCUAUACAUCAAGUUGAUGGCUGGGUGAAGGGCAAUGGUAACCCUCCCUUUUUUAAAAAUAUAUUGCUUAGGUGUAAAUUGUCCUCUUUAUAGUUGUUCAAGUAUCUGGCUCUUUAAAUUGACAGUGUAUCAAAUUGUUUGGAGGUUUGUAAAAUAUUUUUAGCCUGGACUGUGGUGAAUGUUGACCCAAAAGUAGGACCUCCCGCAGGUAGCAGGAGCUUUCCUUUCAUAAGUCUGUCUGUGGUCUGGGCUGAGGCUCACACUUGGUACAAGAAUUCCGCAAGCUUUGCAGUAUUCACACUCACUUAUAUUUACCCAUGCAUUACUGUAGCAGAUGUAAUGUUAUCAUUUGUCUUGGGAUUAUGUUUAUAGAAUAGCUCUCAGCCAAAACAAACAGCUCGGCUGUGUUACUAACAUGGCUGUUUUCCUUCCUUGUAAAUCAAUUCAGCUUGUAAUUUCUAAUAAAUGACAUUUCCAGUUUAUAGUCCCUGGACUCCUGUCUGUCUGCGUUAAUGCUCAGGGCUUACUCUGCAGGAUUGCAGUGCUCUUUAAUAUGAUAUUUAGCUGGGGUUGACCUUUGACAAAGCUUGGACACAUUAGUACCACUUCCUUAUUUACAAAUCUGCAUAAUAUUGUUUUGUCUACUGUACUUGUAAUAUUAUAAAGUAGCAACCAGUAAAUGGAGAAAAACUGACUAUAUGCCUUAGUAUUAACUUAAUAACUAAGUAAAUUAAAAUAUGUAUAUAUUCAAAUCAACAGAGGCAAAUGGUUUUUUAAUGUAACAAGAGUUUAUUUCAACUGAAAAUCUGAAUUUAGUUCUACCAGGUUGGUGUGUUCAGUAGUUAUUAUUUCCUUCUUUAAUGGCAACAAUCUAAACAACCACAAACAAGUAAAAAAAAAAAUAAUUGAAAAAGACAAUAAAAUCCACAAUGUCUUGUGUCAUUAAAUAUAUUCAUAUGUAAUAACCAUAAUAUAUUAGUACGCAUUGUAAAACAACAUUGCAAAAAGGCAAUGGUGACAACUAAACAACAUAUACAAUUCAUAGUAUGAACACAAAGCAAUGCUUUGACAGGUAUGUGUAUAGCAUUUCAUCAGGAAGCUUGUCAAACCAUAGCUCAGGAGACAGAUGUAAAAUUUACAGCAUGAGGCUACAGAGACUAGAGAGUUGGGAUUACAGAUUACAUUGUGCCAAACAGAAAAACAAUGACAUGUAAUGUUAUGUUGUAGGAUUAACAAUGAAAGGCAGGAACAUGUAAAUAUACUGUAUAUGUGAGUAUGUUGUCAUCAGUAGUGCUGGAGGAGCCACCAGCACGUAGCAUCAUGAUGGACUGACAUCACAAUCAUUUGACUGAUUGUAUAGUAAAAAAAAACAAAAAAAAAAAAAA